CGGCGCCGGGAACACGCCGUUCUGACAGUUUUGAGUUUAGUUUUUGGCUUUACUGGCAAAACAAAAACAUGUCAGAAACUGCUCCAGUUGCUCCUGCUGCUCCCGCACCUGCGGAGAAAACACCUGUGAAGAAAAAGGCGAAGAAAACGGGCGCAGCUGCAGGAAAACGCAAGGCGUCCGGGCCCCCGGUGUCCGAGCUCAUCACCAAGGCGGUGGCCGCCUCCAAGGAGCGCAGCGGCGUGUCCCUGGCCGCGCUCAAGAAGGCGCUGGCAGCCGCUGGCUACGAUGUGGAGAAGAAUAACAGCCGUAUCAAGCUGGGGCUCAAGAGCCUGGUGAGCAAAGGCACCCUGGUGCAGACCAAGGGCACCGGCGCCUCCGGCUCCUUCAAACUCAACAAGAAGGCGGCCUCUGGGGAAGCCAAGCCCAAAACCAAGAAAGCUGGUUCGGCCAAGCCGAAGAAGGCUUCCGGAGCUGCCAAGAAGCCAAAGAAGGCGACAGGGGCGGUCACCCCAAAGAAGAGUGCUAAAAAGACCCCCAAAAAGGCAAAGAAACCGGCAGCAGCUUCUAAGACUAAGAAAGUGGUCAAGAGCCCGAAGAAGGUGAAAGCAACCAAACCCAAGAAGGCCGCCAAGAGCCCAGCUAAGGCUAAGGCUCCUAAACCCAAGGCAGCCAAGCCGAAAACUGCCAAACCGAAGGUUGCAAAGGCAAAGAAGCCUGCGUCCAAGAAAAAGUAAAAAGUAUGGAGAAGUACGUCCUCCUGCUUCAAACCUCAAAGGCUCUUUUCAGAGCCACCCACAUAUCUCAAAUCAAAAGAGCUGAGCCAUUGUGAAUCCACAAUUACGCCAUGUCAACGGUAGGAGCGCGGUAGAAGUAAUAAUUACAUUUUUACUUUCAAAAAUUCCCGCGCUGGUGUGAUUGGCCCGUCCGGCCAUAUGCUUAUGCCUCGUACUGCGUAGGAGGCAGGGUUUGUGUAAUUUGACUGGUCACACGGUCGGGGAUGGCUCUGAACAGCUCAGCUUAUGUAGUAACCCUAACCCAGUUAGUUGGCCUUGGGCAGCAGCACUACACUGCAUUUGGGGGGCACCGCCUUGUUUAGUGACUACCCAGCAGGUUGACCUCGUCCUUGCGGAUGGCCAGUGCAAGUGGCGCAGGAAGAUGCGCUUCUUGUCCCGGGCGGCGUUGUCCCGUCACCUUCAGGAUCUCGGCAGUCAAGUGCUUCCACGGCGGCCAGGUACACCGGCUCGCCACCCGGACUCGCUCGGAGAAACUCCUCAGGUGCUGUACUCGACCCACCCGCAACGGGAGCCAUUAAGAGCCAGUUUUAGUGUCAGCGCGAGCUUUGCCUGCUUGUUUAGCUCGCCCAGGACUGUUAAGCCAGAAUGAGUGGAGUUCAAUUUCACGACCCAAACUGAAGAAGGAGUUAUUAUAGUCUCUAGGCGGUUCGUAAAGUCUGCUUUCCUAUUGGCUUGCAGCCGUUGGAGACGAAAGUCAGCCAAUCAGAAAGUGUCUCUGACUUACUUACGUGGGCCCCGAGGAAAUACUGUACCAAUCAGAGUUUUAGGUACUAGAAUUCCUAUAUACUGUGAAGCAGUGUAAAGUCCUGCACCCCUCUCCCCCAACAGUGGAAUCCUCUUUGAGGGGGCUAUUGUCAUUUUGCCAAAAGUCUCAUAAUUAUUGCUGCCACCUGGUGCUAAGUGAUAGUAAGUGUAAAAGGUGCCUCUGGCAAUUCAAUGUUUUUUUUGGUUUGGCCCCCUCUUCCCCAGAUUCCUAUCCCAUAGAUUGUUGAGAUGGCCUAGGGAGCCAUAGCUGGCUGUCCAGGAUCUCCCAGGCAUGUGAGAGUGAAGGGAAACAAAAUAAAACCAACCUUUUGGGAGGACUGCCCGAUUGUUGAGGGAUCUCCUGAAGCUAGGGUUAGUUACCAGGGCAACAAAAUGGACUGUAGGAAGAUGCCUUGACCUGGACAUCCCACCAUUUGCAUUUCAUAUUUUAUCCCUAGGGCUGAGGUGGGUUUUUUGUUUUUCAUUUUGGGAUACCAAAAACUCUUUGCCGCUGAGCCUAUUCAGACUCAUAGCUACCCUAUAGGACAGAGUUGAACUGCCCCCAUAAGGUUUCCAAAGAGUGGCUGGCCCAAUGCUUAACCACUGCUCCACCAGGGCUCUAAGUUUUUUUGUGUGUGUGAAUAGCGCACCUGACAAACCCUGAAAGAAUCUGAUUUCUACAGACCUUUAUGGGGACUGUCGAUUUGGAUGGGUAUAAAUUACACUUUUAUUUUCACAAACCGUAAAUGUAAUUUAUCUUUUCCAUCAAUUACAAGUACAGGGAACUAUGACCAAUGGAUUUAGCAAUAUCUGUGACUUUUUCAUCAAUGGAAAUCACAGAGAUUUUCGUAUGACUGCAGUUUUUACGGAGCAUUGGUGUCAUAGAGGAGCCCUGGUGGCGUAGUGGUCAAGACCUCGGCUGCUAUACAAAAGAUCGGCAGUUCGAAUCCACCAGCUGCUCCUUGGAAACCCCAUGGGGGCAGUUCUACUCGUCCUGUAGUGUCUGUGUGGGUCAGAAUCGACUGAACGGCUACGGAUUAACCGCGCUGCUGCUAAUGGAAAGGUCGGGUGUUAAUGAAAAGGUUCGCGUUUGGAACCAGCCAGUUGCUCCACGGGGAGGAAGAUGUGGCAGUCAGCUUCCGUAAAGAUUACAGCCUUGGAAACUCUGUCCUAUUGGGUCAGUGUGAGUGUCGGAAUCCACUCGUUGGCAAUGGUUGCUAUUAUUACAGGUAUCUGGAAAUAUAGCUUACUCAUUGUGAGUCUUUCAAACUGAUCCGUUAUUACACCCGCUACUAGACCUUGUUAUUUAAUGUGUUACUGAACAAGUAUAUAUGUUAUUAUACAUAAACAAAAAAAAAAACCCAAACCCAGUGCCAUUGAGUCGAUUCCGACUCAUAGCAACAGGGUAGAACUGCCCCGUAGAGUUGCCAAGGAGCGCCUGGUGGAUUCGAACUGCGGGCCCUUUGGUUAGCAGCUGUUGCACUUAACCACUAUGCCACCAGGGUUUCCUAUAUAUACUUAGUAUUUUUUUUUUUUUUUAACACAUUUUGAUAAUGUUGGAGAGGGGGUAGUUCAGUGGUAGAAUUCUGAUUUAGGAAAUAAUAUUAGAGUCAUUAUUCCCUGUCCUCGAGCAUACAGAAUGUGACCCAGCUGGAGCUGGCCUCACAAGGGAUCACAAGGGUCCCAAGGGCUCACAAGGACUCACAAAGACACAUCAACUGGGCCCUGAGGUAUAAAGACAAUAGAUAGAAUAAUUCUAGAAAAUGUCUUGUAGGGAAACUUUCACAUAAGCCAGAACACAAAAGACUUUCCGCUCUUACCUUUUUCCAUUAACAUUUAGUGAAUAAAAAUUUACUGGACCAAUGAAGACCCUCCCGACUGUUGUUACUGAAACCUGUACCAAUGAUUGUUAAGAAAGACAAUUCAAUAUAUAAGAUGACAGUUUCUAGCCAAUCUGUGAAAAGGUGAAGCUUUCAAUUGUUUUGCCCAUUUGUAAUGUUAAUAUAUACUGAUGACUCUGUAAUCUUCCUUGGACUUGGGGUGACAUGGCUGUGGCAACAUGGUUGCCCAUUUUCCCACUUCUGUCUAUUCUGUAGUAUCCCUUAGACUCGGACAGACAUGGCUGUGGCAGUGUGCUUGUCCGUUUUCCCAUUCUUGUUUAUUCUGUAAUAUUCUCUGGACUUGGGCAGACAACACUGUGAAAUGUGCUUGUUUGUUUUCCCAUUCUCGUUUAUUCUGCAAUGUUCCUUGGAGUCCAGCACACAUGGCUGUGAAACGUGCUUGUCCAUUUUCCCAUUCUUGUUUACUCUGUAAUAUUUCCUUGGACUUGAGCAGACAUUAGCUCUGGCAGCAUGCUUGUCCACUUAUCACCUUUUUGAAUAUAUGCUGAUUAAAACUUUCUUUUCGCUUUACUAAACUUUGUGACUUUUCCCACUACAACAAUUCUCACCUAUUACGUAGGAAACCUGGGUUUGAUACCAGCUUAUUCACACCAUGCACAGCUACCACCAGUCAGUCAUAUUGCUAUGACUGCAAAUAGGUUUCAGUGUACCUUCCAGACUAAGAUAGACCAGGGAGAAAGGCUUGGUUUCAGCCAGUGAAAAUGCCAUGGAUCACAAAGGUCCGAUCCCACUGUGCAUGUGGUCUCCAAGAAUCUGGGGCUGACUUAAUGUCAGCUAACAAUGAUAUUCUAAUGUUGCUACCUUUCUUAUUUCUGUACCCUUGAAGUAUUUAAAAACAUGGUUUUUAAGGCAUCCAUAGGUUUUCUCAGACAACCCAGUGUCCACAGCCGAAAACAAGUCAUAAACUCCUGAGCAUGUUAUCAGUGGGACCAGCUCCCAUGAAUUCCUCAUGAUUGAAAUGUCUAUUGAUCUUAUUUCUUUGUUUAUAGCACUAACCCCUUAUUCGUUUAUAGUUCAUUACAUUUUACAUUCCACUGAAACGUCUAAAUUAAGGGAUAUGGCCUGUAAUUAUGUUUCUAGUUAUUCCAAGCAGAAAUUCAAGUUUUUUGAAUCACAGUUGCGUCCUGUAAUUUAUUCUUUGCACAGAAAGUAAAAAAUCCUACCCCUUUAUAACAGUAGAUUAAUAGAUAAGGAGAUAUCGAUAAAUGGAGAAUUUGAAAGAGUUACUCCAGAGAAUCUUUUUAAAAAUAGGAAACUGAAUCACAGAUUGAGAAAGAUAAGGGGGAAAAGACCCGAGAGGUCUUCCACACCCAAAAUGACAGAGGCUUUUGAUGAAGAGUGUUGAGGAAUAAGAGAAUUAUAUGGGAAUGUGGUGUGAAACAAGGGCUGUUAAAAUGUCUGUGACAUACUUCUGUAGUUCUACAGGGUGAAUAAAGCACUUCUAAGACUGCCUCACUUCGGCCCCACCACAAAACAUUUGUAUUACUUAUUGUUAAGAUGCUUCUUUUAUGGUUAAGAAAAAUGUAGUUUAGAAAGAUGCAAUGAACACAAUUCCCUUGCUAAUUCUGAACCUGGGUCACGCAUUUCUUGAUUCCUAGUCUUAUUCACUUUACAGUGCCCCACAUCCAUUAUAUCAACUAGAAAAAAAUAGAGUUCUCUGUAUUUUAGGCUAAUUGAGAAAGGCAUAAACCCAAAAACCAAAUCCAGUGCUGUCGAGUCGAUUCCCACUCACAGCGACCCUAUAGGACAGAGUAGAACUGCCCCAUAGUUUCCAAGGAGCACCUGGUGGAUUUGAACUGCCAACCCUUUGGUUAGCGGCGGUAGCGCUUAACCACUAUACCACCCGGGUUUCCUGAGAAAGGCAUAGAGAGCAUUUAUUUCUAUGUUUGGCCCGUUGUGAGGUAUCCAAUUGAAAUGUCACAGAAACAAUUAGACAUGACAAAUCAAUUACUCUUGCGUAAAUUUUUUUAAUUGUAUUCCCUACCUGGAACAGUCUCUAGCUUUCAAAGUAGAGUUUUCUUAAAUCAUGAGGGUCUUCUUUGCCCAUCUUCAAAUUUUUUUGUAAAGGUUAAAUCAGGUUAAAAUGAACAUCUUAAAGCCUAUUGGCUACUAGUUGA